AUGGGAAUAAAAAAAUAUGAGAAAAGGGAACUUACUAAUAUGCAAAAUGGGAAUCACAGAAAAAAUUAUCCUAAAAUUCUGGAUGAUGAAUACAUAGAAAUGAUAAUAUCGAAAUAUGUGAGAGCAGAAAAUAGGGAAGACAAAAAAUGUAAAGCUUGGGAAGAAAAGGGAAAAACAAACAAGUACGUUCUACACCUGCAGAAGCUGUAUAAAGAGUUCAAGUUCGAGGAAUGCUUAAAUUACGGAUUAGAAAAUAUCAAAAAAUUAAAAAAAAAAAAUUAUGCAGGAAAAAUUGAAUUUUUAAAAAUCAUAGGAAAUGUUUAUUUCUAUUUAGAGAAUUAUAAGCACAGCUCCCUUACGUAUAUUUUGCUGUCCAAAUAUUUGAACAAAGUCUCUCAUAGGUAUAAAGUAGAAAUCUGUUACAAUGCUGGGGUUGCUUUUAUAAAAUAUUUCUUGCAGAGCAAUGACAUUUCUUACUACUUGAAUGCCAAAGCGUCAUUUCAUUGUUCCAUGCUGUAUAAUGAAAAAGGCAGUAAACAUUUUAAUUCAGUGAUUUAUGAAAAUACUGUGGGUAUACUCAGGAGAUAUUUCUCCUUAGGCGUGAAGGAGCAGACGAAGGGGGUGGACGAUCAGAAUGGCCUUUUUGCUAAUUCGUCCCGUGAGAAGAUUUUCUUGGAGAGCGGUACAGAUUUGACAGCUUCGUCCGAUGUGGAGGCCACUCAGGAUAGGGAAGAGCCCCAGACGAAGAAGUUCCUUCCCCUUAGGGACUCCAAAUCAUGCACACGUAAAAGGGAGAUACACAAGAGAGAUGGGUAUGCCAAAGAGGGGAAAGGCAAAAACGGGGAUGGUGAAGAGGAUGUCUAUUUUGACUCGAACAACGCAGAAACGUUUUCGAUUUAUGACAACCGUGUUGACAUGAGAAAUUUCGUCUUAAGGAAAAGUAACGCCAUGGCGAAGGAGGGAAAGUCGCCCAUUGGGAGAAGCUCUCCCAACAUACAGCUAAAAGGAGAUAGAAAACAGAAGACGAUUUUUUCGGAGCAUAAGUUGGUGAACGUAUCAAAUGGGGAAAGCAACAUGACCAACAAUUUUUGCAACAAUUUGAAGAACAUAGUAUUUAGAAAUCCUGUAAAAAGCCUCUUAAAUAAUUCCUCUCGCCCAAUUGUGAAAAGCAAAUCCAGCAGUUUUUUAAACCCCCCCCCGGGAAGUAUAUUAAAGAAUUCUUCCUACAAAAUUUUGAACAAAUCACCUGGCAGUAUCAUUGGCAAUUCUCCCGUGAUUGUUGCCGCUCAGCCUAGGGGGAAUAUUAUGAGGAGUUCCUCUACCAAUUUUUUUAACAACACGGCAAGUGGAAACGCUUUUGUUGGUUCGCCAACUUACAUGGUGAGAAGGAGUGAAGGCAACAUUGUGAACAGCGCCUCCCCCCAAUUUUUGACGAAACAUUCACCCUGCAAUUUCUCCCCCCAAACGCCCCGCUUCUUACCAAGUCAUUCUACCCUCAAUUUUGUUAGCAACUCACCCAUUCAUUUUGCGAAUAAUCAGCGAAGCGUCCUGCAGAACAACGGUUCGCCAAUUUUGGGAAAGAGUUUCCCCCACAAGCGAAUGCCGCAACAGAAGAGCAUCAUAAAAUGUAUACGAAGGAGUAUAGAUGAAAGGAUCGAUCAGGAAGGUCCUAAGACGCCGUCUAAUUCGAACGAGUGUAAAGCUUCUGAAUUUAUGUCACCAAUUGAAAAUGGUUUAUUACAACGUAAAAGGAGGAAGACUAAUCAGGAGACUCCCCUUUCUGUUUCUUGUGAAAAUGUCAGAACAGGGAGGGAUAAUAAAAUGUGCACAUUUGAUUACUGCAGUGUUCAGAACAAAGGAGGGAUAAGUAACAACCUUGGGAAUGGCGCAAAGGGGGAUGUGCUGCUGCACAAAGCGAAGAGUGGCAAGCUAAAGGAGGGAGCGCAGAAGGACGCGAUGGAAGAAGGAAAAGUGGAAAAGGGGCAGAUCCAAGAUAACAGGCUCAGACGGGAGAAGCCCAAAAAGGUGAAGAUCAAAAGGGAUAAAGAUAAGAAAUGCAAAAGAAGAAGACCGAGUUCCCUGUUCUAUGAACUUUUCCCAAACGAAUCCCGCAAUGGAUCCGUUCUUCGCAAGGUAAGGAAGGUAUGCAAAGAGUACCAGUCCCGUUUGAUCAGUGAGUACUGUCACAUUUACCACUUGAAAAAGAAGAAAAAAAAAGUGAAAAAAAUUAUAAAAAGAAAAAGAAUUGCGGAUUUGUUUCAUUAUUUAUAUGAAAUGUGUAAAAGGAACAAGCACGACUUUUCGAUAAAAUUUGUUGAUCAAGAGGAGUGUCAUAAAAGGCCAUCCAGCGGGAAUGCAUUUCGACAGGGAGGAGUGAGGAAGAGAAUGCUUGCAAAUAAUAAGGGCAUUAUAAUUCGGGAAGGGAUAGAAUGCCGCACGGGGAAAAUUACCCCCCAUGAGUGUAAGGCAAAUUUGAAGAUGUUGGAUAAAGGUGAAGUGAGUAGGGAAUGCACCAGGAAAGGCAGCCCGCUCAUUCCUUCUGGAGGUGGUAGAGGCCACUCUGUGAAGGAGGGAAGAGGCAACGCGCCUCAUAGCCUACAUAAUUACGAAGGAGACAGGGUGAACAUUUUACAAAUGAAUUGCGUGGACAAAGGGGGGCACAAGAAGAAGCUCCAACAUGAACAAAGAAAAAAAGUGGACAUGCAAAGAAUACCCUCCUUCAACCUGUCCCGCUUUGUCAAUCUGUACAGUCAAAUCAGAAGUAUCCACAACGAUAAUCGCGCAGACAAGUAUCAGAAGGAAAAAAUGGAAAUCGAAGAAGUGAUAAUCCUAGGUAGUAACAAAAUAAGUAAAAAAAGAAUCAGAGAUAAAGUAAAGAAAUUAUGUUCAUACAACAAUUCGAUUCUUUCGAACAUUGGCGAUAAGUUCAUUGACGACAUGAACGAAUUAUUUCUCAUAAAAAAUUACGCAAGAAUUUUGAAAGUCCUCAAACGAAAUCACAACAUAAAGCAUAUUUAUUAUUUGUAUGAAAAUAUGUAUUCCAUAGAUAAAUUCGAUCACAUUAAUGGAAGUAAUUUUUUUAAUAUUUCUCAUUUUAUUGUCGACAUUUUGUUGUUGAAGGAGGUAAAAGAGAAGGAUUAUUUGAAGAAAAAAAUUCAUAAAUUGAAAUACUCUUACCAGAAUUAUUAUGCCAUUUAUGAUAGCACUGAUGGGGGGGCCCUUUUUAAGGACAUCCUCAGGCACCUUUUUAAUACCCCCAUUAAGGACACUGUCAAGGGUGACCCCAAAACGUUGUCAGCCCAUAUUAUGGGUACAAAUAACUCACAACAGGGCCUUAAUUUUUUGCCAUCCAUUUUUAAAGAUAAAAAAAAAGAGGCUGAUUUGAACGAACAGAAUGAUCCGUACAUUAACGUGAAAUUCAGUUCCACCACCACUAUUAAUAACAGCGAUACCAAUUCGUACACAAAUCAGAAGAAGGAGGAACUCCUGGGGGAGAGAAUGAAUGAGGUGUUGUCGGGUGAAAGACACGGCAGUGAGCAAGUUAGUGGUGGUAGGACGAACUCCUGUUUGUCUUUAAAAAACAAUGUCAGAGGAGCGGUUAAGGAGGGCGGUGUGAAGAGUGGUACAUGCGAAACGAGUAAUACGACAGUUGGGAAUAAACCAAUUUUGCGUGACUUCUUGAGCAUGUCUAGCGGUAGCCAGCGUGGCCAAUCCAACGCCAGUACCAUAAGCUGCAUGGUGCGUGCAUACAAGUGCGAAAUGGAAAAGGUGUACCUCGAAAUGGGGAAGGAAGACGGGGAAAUUUUGGACGUGGAAAAGUUUUACCAACACAUGCAUUUAUCAAAUGCGAGAAGUGACAGAGGUAGGGCCAAGGCGGAAGAGGUUAUUAUGAUGCUUUUUUAUCAUUACUGUUGUGGGGAAAAUGGCGGCGAUUCUAACAUCACUAGGGACCGCAAAGUAAGUGGUAAGCGCGUUCCUGAGUAUAGAAUAAGAAAGGCCCUGUUUAAAAUAUUCUUCUUCUUCACAAGCAACGGAAUAAUUAAUAAGAAGAAUUUACACCAGUAUGUUUCCUUUUUGCGGCUGUACCGGUUUUACCUAGCCAGGAUUAAGUGCGAUCCCUUGAUCUACUUCUACCACAACAUUGAAAAGGAUUCCGAGGAAAUAGUAAACGCCAUGAACAGUAAAAAAGUAGUGGAUGAACAUUUUUAUUCCUCCAUCAUGUUCGAUAAUUACCUAAAUGUGAUUCACUGCCAUUUGUAUAUGCUCAAAUUGUUGUACAAGUCUUAUCUGAAUAGGUUAAAGAGGAAGCACACAUAUCAUAAGGUAAAUUUAGAACCUCUCAUUAGUCACACUUUUAGCAUAUUAAAUUACCUCCUAAUUAAGUACAGUUAUGAUGAACGGGGUAGGGUGGUGAGACGACGCGUGGUCUUUUUAUUUUUGCAGUUUCUUUACCUAAACGCGAAAUAUUAUUUUAAAAAUGUAACUUUUUUUUUGAAUAAGUAUGACAUAAAUUAUUUGAUUAAAAGCGAAACGGGAAAUUUUUGUAAAUUAAAUGCAGAUCCGGGACGCAUCCACUCUGGUUAUGAAAACGCCCAGAAGGGGGAACCAAAGGUUGGGGGACACAAACAGACGGGUGUAGGGAAUUCAAAACAGGGAAAGAUUCCUGGGGAGGGAGACAAACAAAGGGGUAGCGAAGAGGAUGGCAUAUUGGAUAAUCAGGGAGAUGCUAAUGAGGAGGAACUUCUCCGUAAGGGGAUAACACUUACAGAGGAAGCACAAUAUAGAGGUCAAAAAAGCAAUGAAACGUUAGGGAAAAAUAGAGAAAACCAAGGUAAUAUGAAGGAUCAAUUUUUGGAUGAAAACGAAUGGGGAAACGAGUUGGUAUCAGAAGAAAGACAGCUCGAAGAAGGAAAAGAUGAAACCCAAAAUUCAUCUACCAGCAAUAUGGACAAAUUUAGAAAAGUAUUUACAAAGUUGGAUCAAAAUGUGAAUAUAGCCUUUUCUUCAUUUUUGAAAUGUUACCUUAAGUGCGUUUUUAUACUAAAUUUGCGAUUACACGAAAAUGAAAUGUUCAGAAAAAUUGUGUGGAAGAUCGCCCAGCGGAUUGUAACAUACUGUAACGAUCUUUACGCAAUUUUAAAAAUAAAAAAGAUACCAAUAAAUAGGAGCUACGAUUAUGUAUUCGAUCAAAUUAAUAACAGUUUGUAUGGUGAGAACAUUUUUUUGAAGCCUUCCUUUUUUAAGGUCCUAAGGGAGGAUAACUACGUAAGGAGGAUUUACGGUGUGUAUAAGGAUAAUAUAGAAAAGGAGGGGCGUAAACGAGUAACUAGUCAUGGCAUUGCGGACGUAGACCAGAACGACGUACUGAACGUACUAAUCACGUUUGCCAAGUUUAACAAAGGAAAGUGCCAGAGGAAAAAGAUGAAUAAAAAAAAAAAAGAAUUCAUCUUCCUGGUACACUCGUACAAGUAUAUAAAGAAAUGCAUUUGCAAAGAAUUGAAAGAAAAUAGCAUCCUAGCAUUGUACAGAAAGGCUAAAUAUCUGGAUGAGAAUUUCAACCAAAGCAUUGAUUAUCUCCAUUCCCUGUUUGACACAAGACUAUGUUUGUUGUCUCUUGAUUUCGAGCUCCAAAAUAUUAUUAUCGAAUUUUUAAAUUGCAGCAUGGAGUUUAUCCAGCAAUAUGACCAGGAACAGGACCCCCGGUUUGUGAUAAUCAACAAAAUGAUGAAUGUGUACAGCUGCGUUUUUUCUCUUUUCUAUUUGCGUCUGAAUUCCUUUCCCGAAUUUCACACAAAUAAAUUGUACAAAAUUUUGGGCGUUGAGAAGAAUAUUUUUUCUUACGAUGAUCAGGCCACUUGGCAUAUGUUAAACCUUUUCAAUUUUGUAAAUUUUAGAUAUGGCUGUUCCUACAGAUUUUUGAACAGCGUUUUUACUUCCUUCCAUGUGCUGGUUAAUGUGCUGGUGAAAAUUGACAUCCAUGUGGAGAUGGACAGGAAGCGCAUAGCGAAAGGGAGGUAUAAAAGAGACACGCAGAUCAGAUCAGCGAGAAACAAACAUACCAAUGCGGUGCGACUGCCCAAUUUAAGAGAAAUGCAAAAAAUCAUUGAGAGGGAAAAAAGGAAGAACGUGAGAAGCAAAGAAAUGCCACAAUCAAUAGGUGGCGUGCGCUUUGGAAAAGGAAUCAUUUACAAAAUUGUAAAGGAGGUGAAGAAAAAAGUUACCAUAAAUGGGAAACUGAAAAUGAAGAAUAGCCUUUUGGAAAACAUAAUUGGGAAGAGGAAGAAUAGAUAUUUUGUCAACCCUUUUGGGGAGGAAGUGGGCAUGAAAAAAUUGGAGCGCCGAAUGGGCGAAAUGUGUGACGCAAGGGGGAUGCAAAGAAUGGGAGGCGUGUUCAGCAGCACAGAGAAGGGUCACCCCGGGGGGUAUUCUUCGUAUCCCCUAUCAGCAAUUAAGACCGAGACGCAGCUAGAAACGAUCACCGCCGUGGACAGGUGCGCAGUCAGAAAAAGCAGAAUCGUUGUGAGGGCCAAGGGGGGGAAGAUUCAGAUGAACCAGUUCAAGCACGGCAGCCGAAAGCAACGCAUUUUACAGAGCUAUGGAAAAUUAAAAAAAAUUAAAAAAAAAUUAAAAAGAAAAAUAAACAAUGUGUGCUAUUUUAAGUACAUUGCUGUGAUAAAAAAGAGGCAGCAUAAGAUUUACACAGCGCUCAGUCGGACGUAUGCUCAUAUUGUGUUCAUCCUCAUAUCAAUUGUGCACAUUGAAAAUUACAACAUUUUGCAUUUAAGAAAGGGCCAAGAUUUUUUGGUAAACAACGAUAUAUAUAACACGUACUAUCUGUUUUUGCACAUUUCGAGCAGCAUCAUUUUGUUACUUUCGUCUGUGUUAAGAAUGUACUUGCAUUUUAAUCCCUCCGUGGGGGUACAUAAGGAGGAAUAUACUAGGCUAAAGCUAGGUCAGAAGAAAGGCAUGACUGGUAUCGCGAAGCUUCGUAAGAGCGUACCAAGUGUUAGGGAGGAAGAUGGUAUGACCGUCAAAAUGGCAAGUAAACAAGGAGGGCACAAUCCUAGCCAGCACCAUUCAUCACAAGACGCAUCGGCCAGCAAAAAGUGUAGCAGUGCUAGUAUGAGCAAUCACACGGGGGGCGGUAAAGGGGGGAAGUUCCGCAUCGUCCAAAAGGAAAACAAAAGCAGCAGGAGGUACCAAAUUUAUCUGCAAACCCUGCUCAAAUUUAGCUCCGUCAACGUUCUAUUAAUGUCCAAAAAGAAACACAGUAAAAGGAACAAAAUGAAGAAGAACAAGUACAUAUUUAUAUUUUGCAAAAUAAUAGAAAAUUUAUUGCAAAAUUGUAUGUUCUUUGUGGACAUUUUUAACAGCUGCAAAAAUAAGGACGUGUUAGAAAUGAACGACGUAUUUUCCAAGCUAACGAAGCUCUGCAAGGAGAAUAACAUAAUGGAUGAUUUUGAUAAAAUUAAAAAUGACCUCAUUUAUCAUUCCCUAUUUAAGUACAUUCUUCAGGAGGAAUUUAUUAGCCAUUUUAAUUUGGACAAAAAUGAACUGUACAACAGGAAUAAAUGUUCCUUGAAUUUAUUUUAUUUAUCUUUAAACAUUUUUCUGACCACUUUUAACACGGACAUUUCGAUCCACUUAGAAAGGAGUCUACACAACAUCCACCAUUUAAUUCACGACAAAUUGUAUUACGAAUCGAUUUUAAAUAAUGUCAAGAAGACUGUUCGUUACAUUAGGGAGAGUUCCAAGUCGUCCUUUAACUGUAUCUUUGCGUGCGUUUUGUACUACUUGGCAAGGUGGGAGAAGGAAGGCGGGAAAAUGCUAAAGGGUAAAGGUAGUGAGGAGAAAAACAACCUCCAACUGAGAAGCAUCUCCAACGGGAGGUUUUCCUCUUCCCCAAAUAUGGAAGAAAUACAGGGAAACCUCCUUUUUAGCUUUUUCUCCAAGGAAAAUUACACAAAUGAUAGUGUGCCAAGGAGUAGCGUUAAUAGUAACUGGAAGGACAAGGAGGAUAGCCGCUCCAAAUGUUAUAUUAACCCGAGUGAAGAUUCAUACAACAUUUCUAAGACGCAUGAAGGGAUAACCCCUAGGAAGUAUAAGCAGGUUGAAAAACAGUCCACCCACUUGAAAACGCACCAACGGAACGAAAGAAAAGUCAUCAGCCAAAUUGUGUACGACAUGAUAAGCCCCUAUAUGGACAUAAAACACAUCAAGGUGUAUAACAGAAUAUACAGAAACAACCACACGAUUAAUAGCCUUAUUAACAUUUGCUUCUCAUUUUUGUUUAACAAUUUCCUAUUUUUGAAGCCUGUUUAUCCCUUCGAUAUUGUUUCAAAGGAGAAGAAUGAAAACGAAUCAUGCGAGAAGAAAAUAAGGAGGACAAAUUAUACGCUUGACAUACUUAGCAUGAAAGAGAGUGACAUGAAGGCGGGGGAAUUGUUUCUCGCGCUGUACAUUCAUAAGUACAUGCAGAGCAUAUGUCUAGAUGUGACAAAGUUCGUUGAUUAUAACGCUUACAUGAAUCAGUUCUUUUGGGUAUCCAACAGGAGGAGCGUGAAUAUCGCUUCCCCCUUCAGUGACUACACUUAUUUGAACUAUGCUACGUGUAAUGUGUACUACAAGUUUAACGACUACAACGUUCUGCAGUUUUUGAUAAAUUUUAAAAAGUCCAAAAGUGAGGGAAAGGUAACCAUUACAAAAAGGGGCAACGUCGGUUUGGUGGGCGAGUUCCAAUCGGAACAUGUUUACGCAGAGUUCAUGAUGUCCUUCGUGAAAGUGUUCGAGCGGAUCAUCUCCUUAGACGACGAAACGAGCGCAGAUUACACGGACCCCCUGACGUACAACGUGUACCUGGAUUACCUGAAUGACCUGUUCUUCAAUGAGGACUACUACUAUGUGUGCUUUUAUGAGUACAUAAAGAAUGUGUACGAGGAGGAGAAGGCUGAAGAGUUCCAAAUUGAAGACAUGGAUUGUUACAUAAAAGACGUUAAUGAGAUAAACCCGUACAGAGUAAAAGAAGAAAUGAAGAGAAAGUUUGAUGAGUACGUGCAAAAAAAUUAUCUACUCCUAACGGUGAGGAGGAGCAGAAGAGAAAAUACGUCUCGCAAGGUUGACGCGCAACAGGUUGGUAAGGUCAUAGGAAAAGAACAAAAAAUAGUUAGCAAAGGUGAGGAGAAGAUAAAAGUCGUUCUGAACAAUAACCCGUAUCACUUCAAAAACGUGUACAGGGCAUACAGAAACAGGCUCUUCAAACUUGUAAACAAAAAACGUAUUGAUUAUAUGGAAUUAGUAAAAGUACUAAAUUCAAAACAGUACAAUCAUUUUAGCAACAUGUUUUACAGCUCGUUUAUUCACGUUCUGAGCGAAGUGAAAUAUGAUUACAAUAAACAGUACAAUUUUAAUAUAGGAAAAAUUAUGGACAAAUUGAAUAUUGGAUUGAAGGCAUCUUUUUAUAACAACAAAAAUGUAAUUCUGUACUAUUACACAUUUCAGCAAUAUUUUUAUUUGUACAAAUUUUUGGAAGAUAAAUACUUUUCUGAAUUUGUCCUCCCAGAAUAUAUGCUAUUAAAUAUUACCUGCAAAUUUGUUAACAAUUCUCUGUACAAUACAAAUUUGUACCGAAUUUAUUGCUUUUUGAAAUUUCUCUACAUCAGAAAUGUGUUGAAGCAUAUGGACAUUUUGCUGAAUUUUUUGCUUUACGUUUAUUAUAAAUAUUUACAUUAUAAUUAUAAGGGGAAGGAUGAAUUUUCUCAUCAUUUUGUUGAUUUAUUUUUGAGCAUUCAUGAGGAAUCUUAUAAUAACAGCUUGCUGGUAGGGGAGCUUAAGGGGAAGGACAACUGCCUGGAGAACAGCCUACUGGGCAAAGGUAACCUUCUUACCAAGAGUUCACUUUUAGGGGAAAUUCCCGUUUCCAACUCGGCGAAGAAAAAAUCACAUGGGGACAAGAAAAGCAGAGAAGCGGCAAAGCGUGGCAGUACAAGCGGCAAAAUAAUCCCAGCAGAUGGAAAGUACAACGAUGAUAAGAGCCCACUUAAGGGGGGUAACCAAACACAGAGCGCAUACCAAGAGAUUAAUAACUACCACCUGGUCUUGUCAAACUCGCAAAACAGAUUUAUGCAUCUUUUAUUUUUUAAAAUAUUAAUUAACUGUGUAAAGUCCAAAAUUAAUAUCCUAAACGCGAAAAAUCUUUUCAACAAUUUGAACUUUUUCAUUUCUUCCUACGUUAAGUACGCCCUCUUUUACACAUUUGAAGAAAAAAAUAAAGCCUUCAUGGAUGCCCUAAAACAUAAGUAUUCGUUUUAUAAUUUCCAGGCGGUGAAGAAAAAUUUGAAAUUAUGUAUUUACUUAAAAAAUGUCUACCUUAAGCGGGACCUCUUUAACAGCGACAUUUUGUCCUUCCUCAAUAUAGAGUGUGGUGUGAGGAAACCUCAUUCUACGGGGGGGCUGACCGAAGAAAAAAAAAAAAAAAAAAGAUAUUCCAACUUUGGUUCAUCUCAAUCGAUGGACGACCAAUUUGGUACCUCCCAAAAUUUGGAGCAUGUCAAUAAAGGGGAACACUCGCCAGAGUUGCUACAAAGGUGCAGCACAUUGGAGUGUAGGAACGAUGGAACUGCCAAAAGAAAAAGAACAAUCAGUGACAAAGAUAAACAUUUGCAUGGUGUUGAAGGGAGCAGUAAAAACGAAAUGAAUAAGAGGAAGAAGUUACUCACCGGAGAGGCAUGCCCAAUGCAGGGAGGCACAGAAGCUACGCGGGAGGAAAACUACACUGGCAGUCAUGUAGGGGAAAAUUUGACAGACGUGAAAAACCAAAUUGUUGGUGUGCAAUCCAUAAGGGUAAAAAGGGAAGUGGAGGAAGAGAACAAUCCCUGUGAAGGAGAAGGCCCUCAUGACCAAACCUUCUACUUGAAUAGCUUGGAAGACGUGAAAAAGGGAUUCCAAAUCAAGGAAGACCCCUAUGCGAACCAAAUUAAAGUAAAAAAAGAAGAACUGAGCGAUGGAAAUAAUACCAAGGAGUCCAUAGAUCCUCUAGCCAAAGCAGACAUAUUGCGAAAACAAUUUUUUAAAGAAAGAAGUUGUAAAAAGAUUUCAAAAAAGUACUACAUUAACAUCUUAAAGUUUUACCUAGCAAAUAGGGCGGAAGAGUAUGGUCUAAAUUAUGCGGAAUGCCAGAAGUUGGAGGACAAAUCGAUUUACUUGGUGUUUUUAUUUUUAGGAAAAAUUUUUCAAUUCCUUUUUAAUUCACUCUUAUCGCAAAGCUGUCAUCAGAGCGAUGAAGAUAAAGAUCACAAUAAAAGUGAAAGUGACAGAAAGGCGGAUGUGAAGGAUUCGUCCCAAUGGGUAGAUAGCUCCUAUACGUAUGAGAGCCUUCUUCUGCACUUUAUGCUAAUUACCAUGUGUCAUUACGCCGAUAGUCUAAUAUUUCUGAGUGUUCACUUUUUGGACCUUCACGAAAUCGCUUCGAAGCAGAGCGUCACACUGCAGGGUUAUUCCAAGCAGAGCAGUUCUCAGGAGGGUACCUUACAGAUGUCCUGCCCCGCGAUUGGUGAGAACGCGAUUUUGCCCCCCAAGGAAGAACGAAACACGUAUAAUCUGGUCGAUGAUCAGGAAGGGAACAAAAAGGGCAAAAAAAAUAAAAGCGGAACGCCCCGUAGUCAUAAGAAAAAGCUAAGUUCUUGUGAGAAGUUACAAGUUGAGAAUAGCCCCGGAAAAGACGAAGACGGUAGUAACAACAGUCCAAAUGGCUGUGAAAACCAUUUGGAGGAAAAUAAUUUGUUCUUGAAACCGUCCCUCACCAGCACGAGCAGUUAUUAUCUGUGCAGAAAUGAGGCAGUCCACAUUAUGAAUGGAGAUAAGGAAAGCACACAAAUGAUCAUUCCGUUGUAUAAAUUGUUGGUAACUAGGUUAAAAAUUUGCUUGUAUUAUCCGAAGUACUUUUUCCUGGCUUCACUUUUUAACUACAAAUAUGAUACAGCGUUGUCGGAUGACCUGCUUAACCAUGUGAAGGAUCUAAAUUUAAGUGAAGGUGUUAAAUAUUACACGUGUGGUGUGAAUAAAAAUGGGGAAGGUUCUGUCUCUACACCUGAUGGGGACUGCACAGGAGAUGCCACGAAAGGGUGCAACAUGGUCGAGGCACUGAACAGGGGUGAACAGGCUGACCAUGGGGGGGAUCAACCCACGGGUGGUAUAAACCGUGGUGAGAGCAACGAGGCCGACAUGUUAGAGCAUAACUCGAAGAAGAACUCAGGGACAUAUAACGAACAUGCAGAAAAUGGCACCCCCACGUUUAGGAAGGAAAAACAAAGUUUCAACAUGUGUGUUAAUUAUUACACCGAUUAUCACCACCAAAAUGGGAAAUUGAAUAGCGGCAGUUUUUCAUCUCAUUACAAUUCAUCCAACAGCAUGGAAUAUGAAGAUGCAAAGAUCCACAUGGAGGAGACGAAACAGGAGCAGCCGGACAACGUGGGAAUUACCCCCACGCAUGACACGUAUGAAAGAGAGCUGGACGAAAAAGACACGAACGAAUUCAAUUAUGAUGUGCACAAAUUAAAGGUGGUAAUAAAAAAUAUCGAAAUUAGGUACGAAGAUGUCCUUAACGAUAUAGUGGAAGGUUUAAAUUUCAUUGCAGAGAAUAAAAACUGCGGAAAUUACAACACACAAGCAGCGUAUCACUUGUGCAUCUACUAUUUUAUGAGAAAGAAUUACACAAAGUGUAUUCAUUAUAUGAGAUUUUUAAUCAAUAAGGGGAAUUUUAAAAUUGGGCAAAAUGAAUCCUUCAACCAGGACUACUACAACUUGUAUUGCCGAAGAAUCCAAAGGAAUGAAUUUACCUUCAUCAAAUAUUUCACCAUUGUGCUGGAGGUUAGUAAAAAUGUUUUGAAGAAUGUCCUGAGCAAAAUUUACGAACAAGUGUUGUGUGAAAGUGGGAAUGUGCCGCAUGGUAAGGGGUUAAGUUGUGGGAACAUCCCCUGUGUGAAUGACGCAUCCCUCAUGGAUGACUUCCCCUGUGCCCAUUUGGGAAAAUUCCUAGUAGGGGAAAAAGUUUUAGAUAUAUUUAAGGAACAAAAGGAGGUGGAGACACCAUCGGAAACUCCAGUCAAAAAGGCGGAAGAAAGCAAAACGGAGGAACAAAAAACGGAUGAAAGUAAAACGGAUGAAGGAAAAACGGAUGAGAACAAAACGGAUGAGAACAAAACGGAUGAGAACAAAACAGAUGAGAACAAAACGGUUGAGAACAAAACGGAUGAGAACAAAACGGAUGAGAACAAAACGGAUGAACACAAAACGGAUGAGCACAAAACAGAUGAGAACAAAGCGGUUGAGAACAAAGUGGAUGAAGGCAAACCGGAUGGAAGCAGGACAAAAGAGCCAGAAAAAUCCAGUAUAAAUGAAUGUGACAGCUCCCCCAAUAAGGAAAAUCCGAACGAUACGAAGGAACAGCCUAUCCUGAACGACGUCACAAGUGAGAAGAAUGAUCCUGCUGAAGUUGUAGAAACGGGUAAUAGUAUGUCCAACCAGAAUGAUAACAAAUUGGAAGAAAUCCAAAAUAGGUGGAUAUACUUAGGGUACGACGAAUUGGAUCACCUAAACGAAAUUUACGACAUACUGAAAAUCCUGUUUGAAAUUUACAUAAACAUGGGGAAGACAAUUAAAAGGUUUAACGACUAUAAGGUGUUGGAAGAAGCAACCGUCAUAUAUGGCUCCAACAUUUCAGUAAUUAAUGUUCUUUUCAAAAUAAUUACCGAACAUUUAUGCUUCAUUUUUGAAGUGCUGUGUUAUUUUACUCCACACUUUUUGGUUUAUCCAAUUAUUUUGUUAUUCGCCAGUGAUGGGGUGAUAAAUGGUACACCCUCAGCGGGGAGUUCUGAAAACAUGACGGAAACUCCCCCUAGGAGUAUCACCCCCGUUAGCAGCAAAUAUAUGUAUUUAAAAAGAGCCGAAAAUAAUGAAGAAUUAAUAUGCAGCAGUUCAUGUACCUCACUAGACUUGAGAAUAUUUAAGCUGUUUAGAGAAUUCCUUGCGAAUAAAUCUGCCACGAUGCCAACCAACAUAUCAACAAAGAUGCACAACGUCUUCCUAAUGACGUGUAAGAAGGUCAUGUAUUACCAAAAGAGCGAACAGGACAUAAUUAAAAACUUAACUUCGUACAACAAGAAGGGGAGCAGAAAAAAAAAGGAAGGUAUAAUGAAAUUUGUGGACAACGCCCUAAAUGGAAAUAAAACAAAAUUGUCCGAAUUUUUAAAUUUAUUUAAAAAUGGAAAAUUAUUAAACUGUACCGAUUAUUUGAACUGUGAAAAUAUUAAAUUUUUAACAAGCAAGCUGAAUUAUAACCCCAACUGUACAGAUAUGAAUAAAAGUAAGCAACGAACUAAUUUGGACAAAAAGAGUGUCGAGAAGGCAACCUCUCAGGCAGGUAAGGAAAAUACCGUUUCCACUGCCAACGGUGUGGGAAAUGACCUGCCAGCUGAUGCUAACACACCCAUAUUGAGUAAAAACGAAUCUUUGGAUGAACAGAAAAGCAAAGAAGGGGUUCUUUUUCAAAUAAAAUUAAACAACGAUAAGCAUAUUUUCCUGUACGACGAUUAUGAUAUCUUUAACAAUAUAAAAACGAAAAAUGAGGCAUUAAAUUGCGUUAACUCUAUGUUAACAUAUAAAAAUUCUGCGGCCAAAAAGGGAGAAACGUCCAACCAGAGGAAGCGAAAAGCCACGGAUUCGACUAACACCGAUGCGAAGAACGCCAUACGCGAGCGAGACUUAAGGAGGCUCAAUAGGGAAAAAAGCAAAGUUGUGUAG